AUGAGCUCAGCUCCAGCUGCCGACGAUCAACAACAAACGACCAAAUCCAAGCUCACCAUCAACCGCCAAAAGCCAAAUUCAUGUAACGCUCACCACCUUCCCCCAACGAACACGAGCCCGAAAAUCCGUGCGCAUGGCUCCCCCAUCUCGACCUCCAUUGUAGCCGUGCCGCACGUUCCUUGGCCGAAACAUCGCAGCAAACAAAGCAGCGAAAUGGCCCACACCGGUCGCCGCAGCCCCUUCAAUCCGGGCGAGGCAUCCCCGUCAUUUGCCCAGACCGGCGCGGAAUUCACCCUCGACGACAGCGACGACGAGGCCAUUGAGGAUUUUGACCUGCGGGAUGAGGUCGGCGGCGAGGAGGCCUACGAGAUGGUUGAGCGGGAGCCGGACAGGGGGCGGGGGGACAGACGGAUGAGUGCGAGUACGGCGGCUAGUUUCCAGCUGUACACGCCGGAUGAGGAUCUGGCUGUGCGGAGGAAAUUCGACAGGAAGCUGGUUUUGUUUGUGGCGUUGCUUUUCAUGCUGAGUUUCCUAGAUCGGUCGAAUAUUGGUAAUGCGAGGAUUGCGGGCAUGGAUGAGGACUUGCAAACUACACCUCCGCGGGACGACUGGUACGAAUGGGCCCUGACGGCAUUUUAUAUCUCUUACAUUGCGUUUGAGUGGAUGUCGCUGCUGUUCAAGCUUGUGCCGGCGCAUAUUGUCGUUUCUGUGACCGUCUUCACAUGGGGUCUCACAGCGUCGCUACAAGCCAUAGCUACGUCGUACCCUGUGCUCAUCGCGCUACGAGUCCUCCUCGGCAUAGGAGAGGCAGGCUUCACAGGCAUACCAUUCUAUCUAAGCUUCUUCUUCAAACGAGAAGAGCUGGCCUUCCGAACCGCCAUCUUCAUCUCAGCUGCCCCUCUCGCGACAAGCUUCGCCUCAACACUAGCCUACAUCAUCGUCAAGUUCGCAUCCCUCUCGCCAAUCGCCCCCUGGCGCCUGCUCUUCCUCAUCGAAGGUCUGCCCUCGGUGCUCGCCUCCGUCGCCGCCUUCACCGUCAUCCCGGACUCCCCCUCCACAGCAAGCUACCUCACCCCCCGUGAAAAGAAAGUCGCCCGCCUCCGUCUCCGCCACGAGCAGCCAACAUCCGGCCUCCAGUCCCGCGACCUGCUCCUCCUGCUCGCCGACCCGGUCGCCUGGCUCACUUCAGCAAUGUUCUUCCUCACAAACAUGGCCUACUCGUCUCUCCCCGUCUUCCUCCCCAAGAUCAUGACGGAAAUGGGCCACGACGCACUCACUUCCCAGGCUCUCUCUGCGCCGCCCUACCUCCUCGCAUUUAUAGUCGUCCUGUUCACCGCCCACAUGUCCGAUCGUCUGCGCGCUCGCACCAUCCCCAUCGUUUUUCAUGCGCUAGCUUCGGCGGGCGGGUACGCUGCCCUCGCGUUAGCAGAGAAGAUAAACCUGCCCAUGUUUCUGAGGUACAUGGCCGUGUACCCCGCCGCAAUAGGCUUCUUCAACGUCGUCACCCUCAUUAUAACAUGGAGUAUAAACAACCAGGCCAGUCAGACGCGGCAAGGCGGUGGGUUUGCCAUCUUGCAGUUUAUCGGACAGUGUGGUCCGCUCGUCGGCACGCGGUUAUACCCUGAUAGGGAUGCACCGUAUUAUACGAGCGGGAUGACGGCGUGUGCUUCUGCCAUGCUGAUGGUUGCGGUGUUGGCUGUUAUUCUGAGGUGGUACUUGGUACGGAGGAAUCGGAAGUGGGAUGAGCUGGAGAGUGAGCGGGUGCAGGAUGGGUCUACGAUGGAGGAAGAAGUGCUUGUUGGCUCUGGGAGGCGGAAAGUAGAGCCGGCGAGGUCCUUUCGGUACAUGUUGUGA